AAUCAGUUUGGAAUUCUCCUUAAAUUCAGCGCUUUGAACUUUGAUGCAUUUAACAGAUCUCCAUUUUCAGAUUCUAUAGUCCUCUCUGUUAAUCCGAAUUGACGUACAAACAAACAUGGGAGCUACGCAGAGUCGUGAGGGUUUGGAUCUUUCCGAUUAUUCGGACGAAGAAGAAGAUGACCGCAGCGAUGAUCAGUACGACGACGCUGAAGAUCAUGAUUCCGGCCAACAAAGGACGCCGGAUCCAUCGUCGGCGGGAGUCAAGGAAUUCGACGAUCUUGAAUCGAGACUGCAGGCUCUGAAAUUGAAGUAUCCUUCUUCUUCUUCUUCGUCUUCUCAGCAAAACCCUAAUUUGAAGAACGCUGUUAAACUCUAUCUUCAUGUCGGUGGAAAUACUCCCAAAGCUAAAUGGAUCGUUUCGGAUAAGCUCACAUCUUACGAGUUCGUCGAAAACGAGGACGACGAGGAUUAUCAUUGGGUAUUGAGAGUUGCUGCAAAGAUUCGAGCUAAGGUUUCGACGAAUUUACAGUUGAAGAUGUUCGGUGAUCAACGCCGAAUCGAUUUUGUGUGGAAUGGUGUCUGGGCCUUGAAAUUCUUUAGCGAUGAAGAAUACAGAAGGUUUGUUACAGAGUUUCAAGAUUGUUUGUUUGAGAAUGUUUACGGCUUGAAGCCAACUGACGCAAAUAAGCUCAAGAUAUAUGGGAAGGAGUUCGUAGGGUGGGUGAAGCCGGACUUAGCCGAUGAACUGAAGUGGGAGGAUGUUGAUGAUGGAUUAUGGAGAAGCCCUGCUAAAACGCCUGUUAGAACGAACCGAGAUUUGUUGGAGGAGCUUGAGGAGGCUGCUCCAGCUGGUAUACAGAGCCUGACUUUGGGAGCUCUAGAUAACAGUUUCCUUGUGGGCGAUUCAGGUGUUCAAGUUGUGAAGAAUUUCAGCCAUGGAAUACAUGGAAAGGGUGUGUAUGUGAAGUUCGGAGGUCAACAAAGUGUUGGUGCUGAAAAAUCGACACCAAAGAAAGCAAUUCUGAUGAGAGGUGAGACUAAUAUGAUGCUUAUGAGUCCUUUAAGCGAUAUGAAGCCUCACGCAACUGGUUUACACCAACUGGAUAUCGAAACUGGGAGGAUUGUAACUGAAUGGAAAUUCGAGAAAGAUGGAACCGAUAUUACCAUGAGAGACAUCAUAAAUGAUACGAAAGGGUCACAACUGGAUCCUUCUGAGUCAACGUUCUUGGGAUUGGACGAUAAUCGGCUGUGUCAAUGGGAUAUGCGUGAUAAAAGAGGAAUGGUUCAAAAUAUUGCAAGCUCGGAGUCACCCGUCUUACAAUGGACACAGGGGCAUCAAUUUUCAAAAGGAACCAACUUCCAGUGCUUUGCUUCUACUGGUGACGGAUCGAUUGUUGUUGGAUCGAUAGAUGGUAAGAUUCGAUUGUACUCGAAAACUUCAAUGAGGCAGGCAAAGACGGCUUUUCCUGGGCUUGGUUCAGCCAUUACUCAUGUGGAUGCAACUUACGAUGGUAAAUGGAUAUUGGGUACAACAGAUACAUAUCUGAUUCUUAUAUGCACUCUUUUCACCGACAAAGAUGGGAAAACGAAGACUGGUUUUUCUGGUCGGAUGGGGAAUAAGAUUCCAGCUCCGAGACUUCUGAAACUUAUUCCCCUCGAUGCACAUAUGGCUGGACAAGACAAUAAAUUCCAGAGAGGCCAAUUCUCAUGGGUGACAGAGAAUGGGAAACAAGAGAGGCAUUUGGUAGCAACAGUUGGAAAAUUCAGUGUGAUUUGGGAUUUUCAGCAGGUGAAGAACAGUGAUCAUGAGUGUUACAAGAAUCAACAAGGUUUAAAGAGCUGUUACUGCUACAAGAUUGUACCCAAGGAUGAAUCCAUUGUGGAAAGUCGGUUCAUGCACGAUAAGUAUGCAGUCGGCGAUUCUCCAGAAGCACCCCUCGUGGUAGCUACCCCCAUGAAAGUUACUUCUUUCAGCAUGUCUGGAAAGAGCAUGUCUGGAAAGAAGCACUGAUCAAAUACUUUUAUCCCAUUAUUUCUUUUUCUUAUGUAUAUGCAAAUCUUUCUUUCAGCAGGAUUUUAAGUGCUUUAGUUAUCUGCAUCUUUGUAUAUUUAUCACUUGCAAGGAUUUUAAGAUCAUAUUAUUUUGUUUUAAA